AUGGCAGGUCGCGAGGAUGGCCGCAGCCUAGACCCACGAUCUGACAACCUGGACUACCUCCGGCAAGUGAUGAACAGCGAGGUGCUCCCCGACCUCGACAAUGCUGUGAAGGAUUGUGUGUUCGGUGUCAUCUCUCUCAUUUGGCUGACACUCGCCUCAGUGGACUCCGAGGAGGGUCUUCACCGCGCUCGCGAACUAGAGGCAAUUGCUGAUGGUUUGUUCUUCCAGUUUUCCGAGCUUGUGGAGGGAUCUGGGUGGCCGCUCGACCCGACCAAGUUUUUCGGAUACAGGCAGUUGCUUGGCCACGAAGAAAAUGAAUGCGGGGGAUCAACAUUGCGUGUUUUUGUGUACAACUCCACUCUGGACCUGACACGCCGGCGGUUGAUCACAGGCUUGGGCAUGAUGGCUGCGGCGAGCCAUAUUCAUGCUUACCUGGAGCGGGCAUCUUGUGUGGUGAAGGAUCCUGAGACCGCGGACCUCUUCUUCGUCCCAGCGUAUCAUGGUGAUCAGUAUAACGAGUUCCUGGAAGUACGAGCUCAUGCGGGCGACUCUAAUCAGAGAUUCUCUCAUCUUGCACGCCGACGAGGACAAGAUCAUUUCUUUGUUGUGUCGGCCAACUUGCCGUCUUGGAAACACCUUGCUCCGCUUCGCAAUGCAAUCCUCCUUACGGUCGAAUCUUGGCAAGUAAACGACGACAUUCCGCGGUGGUAUUCGCCUUGGAAGGACAUCAUGAUACCAGGUUACAUUGAUCGAUGGCGGAUUGACGCCAUGCGGAGGGUAAACAAGCCCACCCACGAGCGCGGGUUCCUGAUGGUGUUUCAUGGCAACCACCCUGGAAAUCAUGGCCUUUAUGUCACGCACAAAGCCCAGGUGCGCACCCGCAUCCUGGAGUCUUUCGCGGGCAUCCCCGAUUGCAGUGUCGGCGGUCCUGUGCCAGACUUCUUCCAGCGCAUGGGCCGAACCCACUUCUGCUUGGUUCCUCGUGGAUCUUCAGCGUGGACUAUUCACCUCUAUGAGAGCUUUUUCUUUGGCUGUAUCCCAGUGAUCAUCUCCGACUUCUUGGAUGUACCCUUUCAGAACGUCAUCGACUGGCCGGCCUUGAGCAUCAAGUGGCCAGAGGACCAGGUGGGGUUGGAGCUCUUGGCCUACCUUCGCAGCUUCUCCCUGGAGCGCAUUGCGCAAAUGAAGAGGCGCCUUGAGGAGGCCGCUUGCUUCUUCGACUUCCACCGAGGUUGGGGCCGCCGGGGUCGAAAAGGGGAGCAUGGUGAAUGGAUGGGUUGGGCCGUGAACCAGGUGGCACUAGGCGAGGAUUGUGAGUACCUCCAGCACGGAGACGGAAGGUCGGCCGAAGAAUGCCGAAGAAGCUGCAUUCGGCAACAUCCCCGCUGCAACACUGUGAAUUUUCAUCUGGGAAGCGCAGCAGAUUCCGGGGACUGCGUGCUGAGGAGCUGCAGAGACCCAGCACAGCCUGCGCUCACAGGAGGAGCCGAUGGUUGGCAAGUGUGGUCCGUGGUCAACGAGACGCAGCUCCACUGCUCACCGUACCACGCGAUCUUCAGUCAGCUCCAGGAACGUGUGAGGAAUCGGCCUUCGCAGCACGGGCGAAGGACUUGGCUCUUGCGACCGCUGAUGGAUAGUUCGCUGCCGGUGAUUGCAAGAGGCUACAACCGUGCGAGAUCAGUCAACGGCUUCUCCGAUCAUGUCCACAAGCCCAAGCGCGAUCCUCGAGUGUCUCGGGAGUUUGGGUACCUGGAGGCGGCCGAUGAAAUGGCCAAGCCAGACCCGUACUUAAUGGCUGACGCCGCGUACAUCCAGAAAGACACAAGAUGGCGGAACAAGCAGCGAACGCUCGUGUUCUGCAGUCGCGGAGUUACUGCGAGGUUUCGCCACUUGUGCGACGACCUUCGCAAACUCUUGCCUCAUCACAAGUCGGAGCCAAAGUUUGAGAAAAGAUCAAACUUCAACGAAAUUAACGAGAUCUGCGAGCUCAAGAACUGCAACAACGUCGUUUUCUUCGAAGCUCGAAAACGAGAAGACUUGUACUUGUGGGUUGGCAGGGUGCCAUCGGGUCCGACCAUGAAGUUUCAGGUGUUGAACAUCCACACCACCCAGGAAGUCAGGUUAGCUGGAAACUGCUUGCUGGGUUCCCGACCGAUAAUGUAUUUUGACAAGAGCUUUAGCGAGGUGUCCUACCUCAAGCUUGUCAAAGGUCUUUUCAUCCAGGUCUUUGGCACGCCACGAAACCAUCCCAAGAGCAAGCCGUUCCAUGAUCAUAUCAUGUGCUUCUAUUGGCUAGACAAGAAGAUCUGGUUCAGGCACUACCAGAUCUCGCCAGAAACGCCAGAUGAUAGCAACAAGCCUGAAAAGCAGGUUCUCACUGAGAUUGGACCUCGCUUCGUGCUGGACCCAAUCCGAAUCUUGGGCGGAAGCUUCAAUGGACAAACGCUGUUUUUAAAUCCUCACUACAUGUCGCCCACAGCUUUGCGAGUUCAGGCAAGAAAGCUGCUCAAGAAUCCUUACGCAGCUUGGCUCGCUCACGCUUGUAUAUCUUCUGACAGAUUCGGAUCAUUGGUUCGGUGGCAGGACCUGUUGAGCUCACAAUUAGAACAAUCUCCGCCUUACCACUAUAAGCUUCGUCACCUCACAUGA